CGGAAGUGCGCUGGGGAUGAGAGGAAGCGGCGGGGUUGAUGGAAGAGAGAAUGUCUGGAGAAAGCGCGGUGAGUCCAGUGCCCGCAGCGUCGACGCGCACCACCUCCUUCAAAGGGGCGAGCCCAAGCUCCAAGUACGUCAAGCUGAAUGUGGGAGGUGCUCUGUACUACACCACAAUGCAGACCCUAACCAAACAGGACACCAUGCUGAAGGCCAUGUUCAGUGGCAGGAUGGAGGUGCUAACAGACAGCGAAGGCUGGAUUCUAAUUGACCGCUGCGGAAAGCACUUUGGCGCGGUUCUGAACUACCUGCGUGAUGGCGCUGUGCCCCUCCCAGAGACUAACCGCGAAAUUGAGGAACUGCUGGCCGAGGCCAAGUACUACCUGGUCCAGGGGCUGGUGGAGGAGUGCCAGGCUGCCCUUCAGCAGAAAGAGACCUAUGAGCCUUUCUGUAAAGUUCCUGUGAUCACAUCAAACAAGGAGGAACAGCGACUAAUCGCAACUUCUAAUAAGCCUGCAGUUAAGCUGUUGUACAACAGAAGCAACAACAAAUAUUCCUACACCAGCAACUCGGAUGAUAAUAUGCUGAAGAACAUCGAGCUGUUUGACAAGUUGUCUCUACGCUUUAACGGCAGAGUGCUUUUCAUAAAGGACGUCCUUGGUGAUGAAAUCUGCUGCUGGUCCUUUUACGGGCAGGGCCGAAAGAUUGCUGAGGUGUGCUGCACCUCCAUAGUGUACGCAACAGAGAAGAAACAGACCAAGGUUGAGUUCCCCGAAGCCCGAAUCUAUGAAGAGACUCUGAACAUUUUAUUGUACGAGACCCAGGAUGGACGCGGACCGGAUAAUGCUCUGCUGGAGGCGACUGGAGGAGCAGCAGGUCGGUCUCACCACCUUGAGGAGGAGGAGGAGCGGGAGAGGAUCGAGCGGGUCCGGAGGAUUCACAUCAAGCGCCCAGAUGACCGAUCGCACCUCCAUCAGUGAGGCUUCUCAGCUUCUGUUCGGCUGAGCCUCAGCAUAGGUCUAACUUCUAGUCCUUUGCCCAUGCCCUCCCCGGAGAAAGAGAGAAAAUGAGAACUUUGCCACAUAAUGGGGUUCCUGCAGAGUUUGAUCAUAGUGAAUGAGUUAAAAUUAAUCCAGAAAACUCAGCCAGACUGAGGGACUCCUGAUAAUAUGCAGUACACGGAAUGCUAAAGUAUGGACAUAUUCUUACAGACGGCAAAAUCUAGUUUGGAUAUCAUGUUUGCACAGUUAAAUUCUAGCCUUAAAAGCUGCCCUAAUUAUUGAAGAGGCAAAACACUUUUUCUCUUUUUUAAAUUGUACAUAACAUAUUCACCUGUUGCUCUACACAGAAAAUGUAACUGCAGCUAAUUUAUUUUCAUCGUUUCUCCAAAAGUAGCUCUUUCAAUCUUGACAGACCCAACACCCUGAUUAGAAUUAACUGAAAAUGGAGAUGCACAGCAGGUUAAUCAGUACCUGAGAGGUUAACGUUUUAAGCUUUGUGUUCUCACAGUGACUUCAUGCUAAACAGCGGCCUGGUCCCUUUUUCAAACACUGCUGACCCUGCUGUAUGUUUCCAGCAUUUUGUCACUGCUAUUUCUGCCUGUACUAAUUGAUGUUGCCAAGUCACAGAUGUAGCUGAACAAAAUUUCAUUUUCUUCCGUCCUAUCAAAUUAUAUUCCUCAUUUUUUUUCAUGAAGUGGUAAACCUAGGUUUUUUGUUUUAGAUACUGGCUCCCUGAUUCAUCAAAAUAAUUAGGAGGCUCGAUUUAGUUCUUGCAUUCCCUUGCGAACCUAGAGGACUGUAACCAAUUGCUUUUCUUACUAAGAUUUACAUAGUGCUAAAAUUGAUUUCCUCAGUCCUUGCAGAUGAGAAAAAGUCUUUUUCUUAUUAUUCCCAAUGUUCAGUCAUAAUAGACCUGUAACACUCCACUCCCUUCCCAUUGUUUAUCUCUGGGCUGUUCCAGUUUCAACUUUUUGCCAUGCAGGCAUUCAGUUUGACUCAUGAGCUGCCACUCAAUCGUGCAUGGGAAGGGACUUAUGGAGAUUUUUUUUCCAACAAUAAUGGAUGAUGGAAGGGCUAACUUUAUUGUCACGUGCACAAUGUAAGCAUGCUCACAGGGGUGUACUUGUGUUGCCCAGUAGAUUUUUCUUGGAUCCCUUUGGAUUUAUCUCCACACUACACGCACUUGACCAUAAAUCACUGUAAAUUGAUGUUAGUGGGAACAGAAUGUGUCUGUAGCAUUCCUGAUUUCAAAUGUGUGUCAGUUUUUUGCCAAGCCAGAGAGGAUUUCUGUUUCUGAUCAAAAUAGGUACCAGAACAGUAUAAAUUUUUUGUUUUAAUUAUUACUUCUGUUGGCCCAAAAUUUGGUUGUGCACAUGGUUUACGGUGUUGGCACUUCACACUAAACAUCCAAUUCCCUAAUGGUGGAACCCACUCACUAACCACACCCCACCGCCCAAAUCGUCUGAGAUAAGGAUUGCAUUUACAAAGAGAAUCUAGUUAUUUUAUCUGCUUAAAAAAACACAAUCUUAUAUUGUUUUUUUAUUUGGAGCACAUCCUGCACUUCGGACGGUAUUAGUUUUGAGUUUGGAAGUCAAGUUGAGUGGAUUGCAGAAGUCACAGACAAGGGCAGUGCCAGCACUGAACCACAGUGUAAGAGUGGGUGAUGCUGUGCCCACCCUUGCUAGAGAUAUUCUAUUGAAUGACCUAAAGAAACUCACUCUAGAGGGAACUAAUAAGACUGUAGUAUUUGCUGAGAGAAAAGCAUUCAGGUGUAAGAGCUCCUUCCUUUGUCUUGAAUCCAAACUGCAUCGCUGUUCACACAGAUCAGCACUUAGCAGUUAACAUUUUGGUUUUUCUUUCGUUACUGCUGGUCACGUGAAAUAAUUACCCAACUAAGUAAAAUGAUUGAUCAACUCUAAGUCGUUCAAUAAGUGAAAAUGAAAGAAAUCAGUUUGUAGUCCUGUCAUUGGGUUUUUAAAGCACAAUGGAAUUUUAUAGCCUGUCAAUUGUACUGUGGGGGGAGGGGGUGUAGUGAGGAGAGGAAGUCACUUAGAAAUACAAUUAGAUUAUAUAUUCCCAAACUUGGAUUCUAUUGGAAAGAACGUUUUGAGUUAAGUACAGUAGCGUGAAGCAAGUUGGCUGCUAGUGUUGGCAGUACUUUAAGAACAUGAAUCCAGACCAUCACAUAACCAUUAAAAUAAAAACUAAAUGCUGCAGAUGGUAGAAAUCAGAAAUAAAAGCAAUGCUGGAAAUACUCAGCAGGUCUGGCAGCAUCUGGAGGGAGAUACAGAGUUAACAUUUCGAGUUGAAUACGACUCUUCAGAGCUCUUGAUAAGCAUCUGCAUCAGACCACUCAUUAAACCAGAUACCAGUGCUGGUGCAGAAAAUUAUGUGGGAUGGUAUGAAUCUAUCUAAUCCUUUAAAGGCAUCGAAACAAGAGAGCAGGUCAUUGCACCAGUCUGUUGAAUCUAGCUGAACAAUCAUUAAGUUUUACUGUCUGACCUCAUUUUUGACUGGUGCACUAUUUGUUCUACAUCACAUUCUGAGGGGACAAUGGGAGAGAAACUGAUGAGUGAGCUUAUCUGUAGUUAGUUACAAAGUUAUAAUGUAUUAUUAAUCAGCAAUGUGUGGUUAUAUAUGAUUUGAACCUAUUAACGAAAACGGUUACCCUGGUGCUGCUUUUUCACUGAUCCAUUGAAUCAGUAUUUAGAUAUCAAAUGAAGUUUAACCCAUAGAAUGGAGGUAGUUGCCUGAUAGAGGAGAUCAGGGAUUACUACUAGUACAUCAGCUGGUGAAGUAACGCUGGUAAACUGCAGCUAACCAAUAAUUAGGACCAAUGAUUUACUGUUACUCAAACGCCAACAUUUUUGUUCGCUACUUCUGGGAUUUUUUUAGGCAAAGUAGCAACUGUUUGGUGCCAAAACACUAAAAAUGCAACAAGUGUUGAUACAUUCAUGAAACUGUACAAACUGAUGCAGCCUACCAGUAAUCAGAAAACUGUUAAAACUGUUACAGUUGCAGAAUCCCUUUGCAAAGACUUCCUUAACUAGUGAGCGUUAAUCAAUCCCAUCCUUUCUUCAUUCUCCAUGUAACCACUGUGUUGAUGUCUUUACAGAAAAGCUGACUUUUCAAGCCCCUACAACCUGAACCUACUCCACCUCGAGUCCUCUAGCAUUUAAAAAUUGAAAGUAACACCUGUGUAUCUGCUUAAUUGUGACUUCACGUUGAAGGGAAAACACACCUCAUGCCCCUACUCUUAUCUGACCAAUUUUCUGCUGUGCUUUCUGUUGACUUGCAUGGUUUUCUGGCUGCCCGGUACUUUUAUGAUUUAGAAGGCACUCCCUCAAGUGUUAACUUGGCUUGGUGGGGAAUACCUCUGAGACAGACGGUUGUGGAUUUGAACACACAACCCAAGAUAAUACUUCAGAGUAUUUCUGAGGAGGUGCUACAUUAUCGGCCUGUAGAGGGGACAUUAAAAGCUGGAAAGGGAUGACGGAUUUGGUAUCAUUGGUGAAAUAAGAUCAUGUGAGCUGAAACAAAAACAGAAUUACCUGGAAAAACUCAGCAGGUCUGGCAGCAUCGGCGGAGAAGAAAAGAGUUGACGUUUCAAGUCCUCAUGACCCUUUGACAGAACAGCCAUCCAUUCUUAAU